GUCCCUCUUGUAACAAGAGAUACCUAGCCUUUCCCUACCAUUAGUCUGGCUUCUUUAUGUGGGGCCAACUCUGCUCCUCCAGAAUCAACUGCUGCCUAGAGAAGAGUCUGCAGCCAGUGUCUGUCACCAUGGAUACAGUCAACAAAGAGAAUCCAAGAUCACAUCACUCUCCAAAGUGAGCCCUCCAGACUUUGUUUUAAAUUUCCUGAGCUUGACAGAGGGCCACCUGCUACCCACUCUGGGAAGGCAGAUGAGGAAAGGAACAUUCGAAUAACCCCCAAAUACCUCUCUGUCCCCUGAAUCUGCCCAGUCAAAGGGACGUGGGGAGGAGCCUCACCAUGUUUGUGACUUCAGCGGUUCCUCAGGCAUUUUCCACGCCAGGCUGGCAGAUUGAGAAGAAGUACUCAACGAGAGUGCUCGUGGGAAACUGGGUGGAAGAAAGCAGGAAGUUCACCAAAGCCACUGACCACACACCCCAGUGUAUUUACAGAAAGGAAUAUGUCCCCUUCCCAGGUCACAGACCAGACCAUAUUUCCAGGUGGUAUGGGAAAAGGAGAGUGGAGGGUCUCCCGUACAAGCACCUGAUCACCCACCACCAGGAGCCUUCGCACCGUUAUCUGAUCAGUACCUAUGAUGACCACUACAACCGGCACAGCUAUAACCCGGGCGUGCCUGCCCUGCGUUCCUGGAGUGGACAAAAGUUGCUGUGGCUGCCAGAGAAGUCCGACUUUCCCCUUGUUGCGCCCCCCACAAACUACGGACUGUUUGAGCAACUGAAGCAAAAGUGGCUCGCGCCCAAGACUGGUCUGAGGGAAAGCAUUUAUACCACAUCCUACCCCAGCCUGCCAGUGUGCGCUAUGUCCAGGAGGGAGCAUGCCAUCCCGGUCCCUCCCCCUCGGCUGCACCCCAUCCCACGCUUCUGAAAACUACCACUCCACUUGCAAUCCAGCCAGAGACAGCUGGAGACCCAUGGCCUUGUUGGACUUGUCAGACAGCAAGCAUCUGCAGAUGUAGCCCAAGAAUUAAUUAUGGACCAUUGUUGUGUGUGUGCGCGUGUGUGUGCGGUGUGUCCUGGAAUCAUGAUCUGUGUUUUAUGGGACCUUCUCUCUAAACUCACAGAUUGUUGCUGUUUCCACCCGAUAAUUAAAAUUCCUUCACACUACUCCAAAACCACAAAGCCACGUGUGUACAGAGACCAACCAGACCCUGCAGGAGACAGAGAGUCCCCAGCCUAUUGUGUUUCUGGUCACGGUGACCAGAGAUCUGACAGACAAUAACUUAAGGGAGGAAGGGUUAUUUCUGGUUUACAGUUCCAGGGGUACAGCUAGCCUAUUGUGCUAGGGAAGACAGGGCGACAGAAGCAGGAGGCAGCCAGUCGCCUAGCAUCCUGAGUCAUGAGUCAAAAAUCAGGCGACUCAGGGUGAAAAGCAGACUCAGCUGAGAUCCGGGAGGUAGCUGCUGAGAACAGGGACAGUGGCCUGAGGGCAGGAUCAGAGGAGCCGGUGAUAAGGAAGGAGUCCACCUCACUGCUGUUGCUAAGGUUAUAGGGCAGGUGUGGUGGCGCAAAGGGAAUGUCAUUGGACAUUGGCCUCUGCCUCUGGGCUCGCAGAAGAGGGCUUUAAGAAAGUUGGAAGAUUUCUUGGGGUUGGAGAAAUGACUCAGUGGUUAAGAGCACUGGCUGUUCUUCCAGAGGACCCAGGUUCAAUUCUCAGCCCCUCACACGGCAUCUCACAAGUGGCUGUGACCCCAGUCCCAGGGGAUCAGGCAUCCUCACACAGAUAGACAGGCAGGCAAAACACCAAUGCACAGAAAAAAUAAAUCUUAAAAGAGAGAGAGAGAGUAGUGUUAAGUUUAAAUCCUAGUUAAUGGGAAUCUGCCGCCACUGAUGUAAUAGGCCAGUCAAGCCGAAUCAAUAAAUCCAGGUUUGGAUUCCUCAGGGCUGGAGUGAAGCUUCCAUCCAAACAAGCAGAUUUCCUGAGAAAAGACUAUAUAUAGUCUUGCGCUCAUCCAGGGCAGGGUUCCACCUGCCAUGGGGAUCUGUCACCAGUUGAAAACAGGCUUCUAAUUUAGCACCUUUGUACUGUGUUUUUUCAUAUUUAUUUAUGGGGGUGAUCAUGUGUGCACCACAGCGCAUCUGAUCAGACAGAGGACAAUGUACUGGAGUCAGUUCUCUCCUUCUACCAUGUGGGGUUCGGGGACUGAACUCAGGUCAGCAGGCGUGGCGGAACAGUUACAGCCCAGUCUUUCUCUGAAAAGCCUUCCUCUGCUAUGGGCGCCUACCCCUGCUCCAGCUGUUGCUACUGUGGGCUCUGUGCCCUGUAUAAGAUGAUGCUUUACUACCCACAGUGGUGGUGCACGCCUUUAAUCCCAGCACUCGGGAGGAAGAGAAAGGCGGAUCUCUGUGAGUUCGAGGCCAGCCUGGUCUACAAGAGCUAGUUCCAGGACACCUAGGGCUGUUACACAGAGAAACCCUGUCUCG